AUGACCUCAAAAUACAAUCAGUUGCAGGAUCAACGGGCCCAGCUACCCACAUUUGAAUACAAACAAGACCUCAUUGAUGCUAUCCGUGAAUACAGUAUCCUUGUUAUUAUUGGUGAAACUGGCUCUGGUAAGACGACGCAAAUACCGCAGUAUAUUUUAGAGGAAUUACCAGAAUUGAGAAAGGUGGGCGUCACUCAACCAAGACGCAUUGCUGCCAUCACAGUGGCAAAAAGAGUCAGCGAGGAACAAGGCGACCGACUGGGGUCUCGUGUAGGUUACAAUAUUCGCUUUGAUGAUCGCACAUCAGCCGACACUCGGCUGGUCUACAUGACAGACGGCAUUUUGUUGCGUGAAGCUACCAUGGAUCCAUGCUUAACCAAGUACAAUGUCAUUAUCAUUGACGAAGCACACGAACGCACUUUGGAAACAGACGUCUUGUUUGGACUCUUGAAGCAAACACAUCGUAAGCGGCCUGAUCUCAAGAUCCUGAUCAUGUCUGCUACGCUGGACGUAGCCAAGUUUUCAGACUUUUUCAACGAGUGCCCUAUAUUCGAGAUCCCUGGAAGAACCUUUCCUGUGCAAGUGAUUUACUCGUUGGAUGCGCCGAAACUAGCCACGCUAAAAUCAGCCUUUGUGGAUCGUGCAGUAGAGACAGCGUGGACCAUUCAUACACAACAGCCCGAGGGCGAUAUUUUGGUGUUUUUGACAGGUCAGCAGGAUAUCGAAAGAGCUUGUAAAACAUUUGCAGAAAAGGAGGCACAUUGCGACUAUCGCAGACAAGUCAAAUUCUACGAUGAUGGCCAUGGUGUGGUGCGUGCUGCUGUAUAUCCGUUGUAUGCAAGCUUGGAGACGUUUGAACAAAAGGCAGUGUUCGAAUUGCCUCGUCAAGGUGACCGCAAGAUUGUGUUUGCGACCAAUGUUGCUCAGACAUCGGUGACAAUACCUGGUAUUCGUUAUGUCGUCGAUUCAGGCUUUGUCAAGGAAAAAUCAUUUGAUCCCAACACUGGCAUGGAUGCACUCCUGGUAACAGAAAUCAGUCAGGCAGCAGCUAUCCAGAGAGCAGGUCGUGCUGGUCGUACAGCGCCUGGUAAAGCAUACAGGCUGUACAACGAAGAGAGCUUUGAGCGCAUGGAGCCUAACACCAUACCCGAGAUCCAGCGCAGUUCUCUACUGGGAACUGUGCUCGCACUCAAGACAAUGCAAAUUGUGGAUGUCAUCAACUUUGAGUUCAUUGAUCCGCCAGAAGAGACGCUGGUACGAAACGCACUGAAACAGCUAUAUCUAUUAGGCGCCAUUGAUGAAGCCGGCAAAAUCACCAAGCUGGGUACACGCAUGAACCAUUUCCCACUAUCACCCUCUUUGGCUCGCGUGUUGCUAGCAUCUGUCAGUUUGAAAUGCAGCUAUGAAGUGGUCAUCAUCAUCAGUAUGCUGGCAGGGGAUAUGGAGCUGUUCAACUCACCACGCAAAGAGGAAGACGCUAUUGAGGCAGAGAAAUGCAAAGUCAAGCUAGCACAUCAUACAGGCGAUCAUAUGACCUGCUUGAACGUUUGGCAUGAGUGGAAAUGGCACAACAAGAGUCGACAGUGGUGCAAAGACAAUUACAUCAACUACAAGGUAUUGGAAACUGCUUCCAGUGUGCGAUCGCAGCUGAUGGAUGUCAUGGAUAAACUGGAUCUCAAGGUGAUCAAGAGCGCACUCAUUCAACGCAAAAAGAGCAGCAAAUCAAGCAAGCGUCGUGUUGGAGAGAAUGACCAUGCUGAAAGUGUAGAUCCAGUGCCUAUUCUCAAAUCUUUCUUGACGGGCUACUUUACCAAUAUCGCCAACAAGGCUGCUCAUCGUGCCGUGUUCUCACACUAUGCGCCUGACGAACAUUUGGGACAGACAUCGACCGGCGUGUCGUCCACAGCACUGGUGGCGCUCUAUCUACAUCCCUUGUGUGCUCUGUCCAACAUGUUGGAUAAGGCCAAGGUCCAAUACUCGGAACUGGAUUGGGUCAUGUAUACCAACAUUACUUACACAAACAGAGCAGUGAUGAAGGGCGUGAGUAAAAUACUAUGGGAUUGGGUCAAGCAAGGCGAAGGCCAGGCAAGAAUCAAGAAACUACCACACACGCGAUUGAACGGAGAGGCACAACCUACUGUGGAAGCAGAGGACGUGGAGGCAGCACAUAGACAGCAAGCCAUAGAACAGCAGCAGCAAAAAGAAACCGCUGCAUUAGCGGAAAUAGAGUCCAAAAAACGUAGAGCACAAGAAAUUGACAUGAUCCGUCAAAGAGCGUUGGCGAGACGAAAGAAAUAA